UGGAUGUAUGUACUAGGUGUAGGUUAACUACUUGUGAGAUGAUGGCACUUUAUUACAUUAUUGACACAUUCAAUUAUUGCCCUUGCAGAAAAUAGAGGAGGAGAAUGAAGAGAACCUGCUAGCAGUUCUUACAGAAACACUGGACAGCCUCCCUGUGGACGAGGAUGGAUUGCCUUCCUUCGACGCACUGACAGAUGGAGAUGUGGCCAGUGAACAUGAUCCGAGCCUUUCCUCCCUGCCUGACGGCACCCCUCCAACACAGGAGGCAGAAGAGCCGUCACUACUUAAGAAGCUCUUACUGGCUCCAGCGAACACUCAGCUGAUUUAUAAUGAAUGUGUCGGACUCAGUGCACACAACCAUGCAAGCCCUAAUCAGAGGAUCAGAACAAGCUCUGCACCUGUUAAGAGCGAGAAACUGUUGGAGCAAUAAACCCAGAAACAUUUGUCAACCGCAGAAGCCACAGAGGCGCCCCUGCUCGGAGCUCCUUAAGUACCUGACUGCAAAUGAUGACUCUCCUCAGACCAAAUCAACAGAGAGCAGGACGAAUAACAGACUUGACAAAUGCACCAAAAAGAAGCCCUGCUUGCAUCCUCAGCCACAUUUUCAAGCCAAGUCAACGAGUUUGUCACUUCCUUUGACACCCGAGUCACCAAAUGACCCCAAGGGUUCCCCAUUUGAGAGCAAGACUAUUGAACGAACCUUAAGUGUGGAGCUCUCUGGAACAGCAGGACUAACUCCACCAACAACACCACCUCACAAAGCCAACCAAGAUAACCCAUUCAGGACUUCUCCCAAGCUGAAGUCUUCUUGCAAGCCUGUUGUGCCCCCGGCUAAAAAAUCUCGCUACAUUGAGUCUUCCACUAUUCAAGUUAUUAAUACUAAAAAAAGGUCCCGAACAAUCUGAACUGUAUGCACAGCUGAGCAAAACCUCCGUGGUCAUUGGACAAGAGGAGAAAAAAGUGAAGCGACCUAGUUUACGACUUUUUGGUGAUCAUGACUACUGUCAAUUUAUGAAUUCAAAAUCAGAAAUACGUAUAAGCUUAACACAAGAUUUACAGGCCUCAAGACAACUUGAAUGUAAGAAUUCGCUGCCUGGGAAAAAAUUACAGGUCUGUUCAUUUAAAGAACAUGAGGAGAGCCUGAAAGACAGUUUUGAGGUGGCAAUGCCAAGUCCUCAGAAUGGCAAUAGGAAGCCACUUCAAGACCAAGAGAUCCGUGCAGAACUCAAUAAGCACUUUGGUGACCCAACACAAGCAGUCUAUGAGGAAGAGAACAAAAAUGGUGAUGCAAGGAGCAAUGAUUACUGUGAUGAUCAAUUCUCUAGACUACCUAUGUUUUUAACCUCUGGACUGGGUAUGGAUAAUUUGUUUGAUGAAAGCGAAGAUGAAAAUGACAAACUGUGCUAUUCCUGGGAUGGAAUACAAUCCUAUUCAUUAUUUGAUGUAUCACCUUCCUGCUCAACUUUCAAUUCUCCAAGCAGAUAUUCCGUUUCCCCACCAACAUCCCUUUUUUCUCAAAGGAUAUGUUCUCGGUCGAGAUCUAGAUCUUAUUCUCAAAUCCGAUCAUGUUCUCAGUCUCCAUAUUCACGUUCAAGAUCAAGAUCUCCAUCCAGCAGAUCUUCUUCAGGGUCAUGCUGCUGCUAUGAAACUGAUCAUUGUAGACCCAACAGUUCUCCAGUCUGUGCACGAUCACGGUCAAGGUCACCUUACAGUCGUAGGCCCAGAUACGACAGUUAUGAGGAAUACCAACAUGAGCGGCUGAAGAGGGAGGAGUACCGCAAGGAGUAUGAGAAGCGUGAAUCAGAGCGAGCCAAACAAAGGGAGCGGCAAAGGCAAAAAGCAGUUGAGGAACAUAGAGUUCUCUACGUUGGUAAAAUGAGAACGAACAUGACCCGUAGUGAACUGCGAGCCCGUUUUGAAGUUUUUGGUGAAAUUGAAGAAUGUACAGUCAAUCUGCGGGAUGACGGAGACUGUUACGGUUUCAUCACCUACCGCUACACCUGUGACGCAUUUGCUGCUCUUGAAAAUGGAUACACUCUGCGCAGGUCAAAUGAACACGACUUUGAGCUAUGCUUUUGCGAACGAAAGCAGUUUUGCAAGUCCAACUAUGCAGAUUUAGAUUCAAAUUCAGAUGACUUCGAUCCUGCUUCCACCAAAAGCAAGUAUGACUCAAUGGAUUUUGACAGUUUGCUUAAAGAGGCACAAAGGAGCCUGCGUAGGUAA